AUCCAGGUAGCUCAGAUGCUGAAGAUGGGACCGGAGAGGUCGGUACUCGUGGAGCUGCCGUUGCAGCAGGUGGAUGUCCAUUCUUCACCUCCGCGUGGGUUGUCGGAAGAUGAGCCACGCGCAACGGGGGGCGACGUUAUGGAAAGCCAUGCGAGGGCGUCAGCAGAGAUGUCAAUCACGGUAGAAUACAGCCCCGACGGGGGGAAAAUGCCGUUUCACCAUGUACGGGCAGGGCUGCUCUACACAGGGAACUAUCUGAGCCGCUCCUUAUCCGAGACCAGCGAGGCUUUCCAGCUCACCAGCAUCUCCACAGAGGAACUCGGAGAGAUCAGAGAGGCGUUCCGGGUGUUGGACCGCGAUGGUAAUGGCUUCAUUUCUAAGCAGGAGCUGGGUAUGGCCAUGCGCUCUCUGGGGUACAUGCCCAGUGAGGUAGAACUGGCCAUCAUCAUGCAAAGACUGGACAUGGACGGGGAUGGCCAGGUGGACUUUGAGGAGUUCAUGACGAUACUAGGACCCAAAUUACUGUCCUCUGAGACCAGAGAAGGAUUUCUGGGCAACACCAUUGACAACAUCUUCUGGCAGUUUGACAUGCAGCAGCUGUCUCUAGAUGAGCUGAAGCAAGUUCUGUUCCACGCCUUCAGAGACCACCUGACAAUGAAGGACAUUGAGAACAUCAUCAUCACAGAGGAAGAGAGCCUCAACGAAAACCAGAACUGCCCUGAGUACGAAGGAGUCCAUCCUAAGAAGAAGAACCGACAGACGUGCGUGAGGAAGAGUCUGAUCUGCGCCUUUGCCAUGGCUUUUAUCAUCAGUGUCAUGCUCAUCGCAGCCAAUCAGAUGCUGCGGAACGGCAUGGAGUAACUAACCACACUGUGAGCCUGGACUGUGGGGGGGAGGGAGGGCAGCUAUGAUCUCACAUG